UAGUGUCUAAAUUCUCUUUGUUCACGGACGUCGGACAAAAAAUUUGUAAAUAAAUAAAUAUAGGAAAAAGAGGAUAAGUUAACAAUUAAAAAUACUACUUUUAAUCACGUAUUUACUUUCACUAACGAAAUAAGAAAUGGUUUGCGAAGGUCCAGAGCCAACAGAAAAUUCUCCUCGAGAUAUAACACCUCCACCGAAAUAUGAUUUAGCAACCAACGGAAACCAGGACGAUAGCGACGAUGAUCAAAAUGAACAUUUCGGAUACGAACCCUUACCUCAAGGACCCGAAACUAUUGUUUCACACCACGGAAGCGAUGAAAGCGAAACAAGUGAUGGAGAAUCAGUUCAAGAACCCAGAAGUAAUGUUCUACCAAUAGAACCCAUCGAGAACGUAUUAGCUAGAGAGGUUUGGAAUGCUCCAAGACCCAGUAAUUCUAUUCAAAUGGAUAAUGAAACUGCUUUACAGGUAAUUUCAGCAAUGGCAAACUUUCAGUUGCCCCAAACAUCUAUACCUGAAUGGGCCCAAAGUAUCUCUGAAGAUCAAUGGAAACAAACUCUGCAUGAUAGAAUUGAAAAACUCAAACAAAGUAGUUAGAAUAUAACACAUUGUUGGUGUCUGUGAUAAACUGUUAUACGCGUAAUUUAAUGUAUUAUAAUUUUCAUUAAGAGUUAUCAAAAAUAAAUAUUAUUGUUUGAUAUCAA